GUUUUCAGGCGGGACAAGGGUUGGACAUUACCUCACUCACAAUGCUUUCCGGGGGGAGAAACGAGCGAGUAAUUAGCUGAUUAGAGGCCCGUCAGAGCAAUCGAGGGGUCCAGCCAAUCCCAGCCAACCCCUAGCCUGCAGGGGUGGGGCGGGGCGGUGGAUGGAGAGAGUGUGUGGACUGUGAAGUUUAGAAUGAAGACGAACACGGUCCUAGCGGGCACAUUUACGUAACGAAGUCUUCAAGAGAGUAGAUGGAAAAUAGUAGUAGAGUGUGGAAAAUGUAUGUGUGUUAUCUUAAAUGUCUACAUUGUCAGUGAAUGCGCUACAUCCAAGUGCAGUAAACUUGUUACCUUCAAAACUCGUCCUUCUAUCGCAAGUCGUCAUGGAGAAAUCAAAAAACUUUAGAAUCGACGCCCUACUCGCAGACGAGACCCACCGGGCAGGCCGAGACGUCUCCCCUGGACUGAGCAGCGACAGCCCGGCGGGGAGCCCUGUCUCCUGCCGCCGUGGGGACACACCCUCUCCACGGGCGGCGCAGCUCCACGCCGGAAUAAUCCCCAAAGCAAGUGUUCUCAAUCUCACACACCAUGGACUGGCUUCGCUUCCCCAAGCUGCCAUCCCAGGCAUGUACCCUGCGCCCAUGUACCCGCUGUCGGCUCUGGGUGGCCAGCACCCAGCCUUUGCCUACACCGGCUUCACGCAGCUAACUCAGACCUACCCCGAACACCUGAAGGCGGCGGCCAUGGCGGGCUCUGUGCCCCUGGAGCAUUGGAUCCGAGCUGGGAUCAUGAUGCCGAGACUGACCGAUUAUAGCGGGCCUCAGUCUGGUUUGUUGGGAAAGUGUCGGAGGCCCCGCACCGCCUUCACCAGUCAGCAGCUGCUGGAACUGGAGAACCAGUUCAAAGUCAACAAGUACCUGUCCAGACCCAAACGCUUCGAAGUGGCCACAUCCCUCAUGCUGACUGAAACGCAGGUCAAAAUCUGGUUCCAAAACCGGAGAAUGAAGUGGAAGCGGAGUCGGAAGGCUAAGGAGCAAGCCAGUGCUUCAAGCCAGUCUGAGUCUGAGCGACUCCACAACGGAGGAAGAACAUCCAGCAACAAACCUGACGAGAGAAGGCCAGAAGAUGGAGGAGGUGUGGAUCUGGAUUUGGAAGAUGGUGAUGACGAGGAGGAGGAAGUGGAGGAGGAGGAAGAGGAAGAAACCCAGCAUGGCUUUCCGGUCACUAUGAGCAACCGUGUUGGGAAACCACGAUCCAUGGACUUCUUGCAGCGUAGCACCGACGCUGGCUUCAACCCGCGUAGCCCUUUUUCUGAAGACGAGCUGGAGGGAGUGCAAGCAGGAGGAGGAGACAGGAAGAUGAUGGCAGGACUGUGAAAAGACUGCAGGUUUGACGACAUGACUGUUAGGACACUGACCCCAAAAUGAGAGAUUGUGCAUAUUAUUGUGUCCCAAAAGGACGUAAUGCCGUUCUCUUCAUCUAUACAAAUUAAAAAGGACACAAAUAUGUUAUUUGUGAAUAAAGCCAUCAAACAGCUUGCCAUGCAGAGACAGGUGCUGAUUGCCUCACCUUCAUGUCACCUUGCGUCUGCCCCACCCACCUUCACAUCAUGUCAUGUGACCGUGCAAGAUUACUGCUGUGUGUAGUUGCUCAUAAGGACAAAAGGUAUGAAUGAGCAAUGGUGCUGUGGCCUGCCACAAUAAGAUGCGUCUUAUUUUGUGCAUAUUUUGUCAAAUUCAAAUGUGAUGUUGCACUUUUUUUUUCUUGUUCUCAAAUGUUUACCUUCUUGUUUGUAAAUGCAUUUAAUUUAUUGAAUUUAUUCCAAAGAUUGAUCAUAAUG